UGUAUUACCAACUUUGGCAUGUUGUGUAUCGCUGUACGUGUAUAUUUCUAGCGUUAUUACAAAUAGAAAUGAUUGAAGUGUUAAAUAAUCAAAGUCAUUUUCAUAGUUUUAUUUGUAAUCAUUAUUGUUUGUCACUAUAGAAUAAAAACUUUUGAUAUAAUUACUUUUUCUUUAUAAUGGAGAAAAUUUAACAAUUACUAUUCAUAUUAUUCAUGAUAGUAAAUUGAUUUUGGUAGAAUCAAAUAUCAAUAUUAAAUCGUUAUAGACGUCAUUUAUCUCUAUAACUUUUUGAUUUCCUCUUUUUUGUCCAUGACAAUUCUAAAUUUGGUUGGUAACUUUGAUUAUUACAAAAAAAAAGUCAACCGCCAUAAGUUUACUUCAGAACAAAUUUUUUUUUUUACAUUUUAAUUUAUAUCCACAACAACCCGCAAGUACUUUCAUUUAAAAUGGCAGAUAAGGAACUUCAAGAAGAAUUAGAAAUGUUACGAAAGACGCGACGUGACUUACAAGAAUAUUAUUAUCUUUUAAGAAUAUUAAGAAAUGAUAUAGAAAAAAUGAUAGGCAACUUUUCAUUUACAUCCGAUAUUUGUGAGACACAAAAAGACACUACAGCUCGAGAUAUUAAGAAAGAUAAAAAAAUUCCUUAAUAGCAUCAUAAAUUGUAUUAAAAGUAUUCAAAUAUGGUAAAUCAAUUAUAUAUUCUUAUUCAUUUUUCGGGAAGAUAUAGUUAUAUUGAUCUUUAUUUUAUAUUCCACUAUAAGUUUUCUUAAUUAAUAUUUUUUAUUAAUAAAAUUAAUAUUAUAUAUAUAUAUAAAUUUUUAGUAUACUUUGUUUCAUAUCAAGAAUUCCAUGCUCAUUUUGGCAAAAUAUUAAAGUACAGGCGUAAAAUGAAAUUUAAAAAUGAUCUCCAAGUGUUAUUCAUAUUAUUUUCAAAGUAUUACCGGAUGUUUUUAUAGACUUUGCAUAGUUCAAAAUAGUUCAAAAAUACAAUUGAAUAUUAAUAAGAGAAAUAUAAAAUCUCAAAGUCAAAAUAGAUCUAAAGAGAAAAUAUAUGGAGAAUGCAAAUUAAAUAAUAUUAAGCAACUCACACGAUCUUAUGAAUAUAAUAUUUUCCAUGAUCGUAUGAUUGAUAUAAAUGUUUGUAUUAUUGGUGGAGGUUUAUCUUCUGUUUAUACAGCAAUUCUUUUAAAACAAUCCCGUCUUAUAAAAGAUAUACAUUUAGUUGAUUUAAGUGGAAAAUUAGCUGGUACUGUCUUGGAUGCAAGCCAUAUUGAUACUUCUAUUUGCAUAAAGUAUUUUACAAAAAGACUGAUCAGAGAAGCCUUAGUAAAAACAAAUAUUGUUGCACUUAUGGAUGAGUCUGAUUUAAAUAUCUUUAAUGAUCCAUAUGUUCAACUUAAUACAUGCUCAAAAUACAUUCAUCAAACAGUAGAGGAUAUAAUUACAAUUUCUCCUAUGGCUCUUGUAGCAAUUUUUACAAAACCAGUAACAGCAACAUUAUCAAUGGUAUCAGAGAUUUAUAAACAUGCAGGCAAAUGGGAUCCAAAUAGAUUGAUUGGUUCUGCCUCUACAGAGAUAAUGCGAAUUGAAACAAUAACAGGAAAUAUCUUAGAUUUGAAUCCUGCAUCUAUAUCAAUCCCAAUAGCUGGAGGGGCUGAUCUAAAUACUAUUGUUCCGCUUUUAUCAUGCGCAAAACCUAUCAAUGGAUUUAUAACCGUGCAUUAUAACACAUUGGUAGAAUUAUUUCAAGCGACCAAACAAGAGAAAAUACAUUCUAAUGUCAAAAAGUUUGCCCUCUUGGAUGGAUGCGCUGCAGUAAAAUUAAUUUUAGCUCUUGCUGGUGGCCUUAGUGGUCUUGAUAAUAUCUAUGCAUGUGGUUUUGUACGGUCAAAUGUAAUGCCCUUAUGUCGUUUCUUUACGUCUCAAUUACAAUUUGGAUUAAGAGGAAUUAAAGAAAAUUUAGGUCUGCCGAAAGUUUCACCUUUGGAAAUUAAUAUGAUCGAAAAAGCAAUUCCAAUUAUUAAUGAAUACGUUGAAAUGGGAGUAAAAGCUGCUAAUUGUAAAGAAAUAAAAUCAUAAUACAUUAAAAUUAUUAUUUCUACUUA